UCCCACAUGUCUAACAUUCUACGCGUAUUUCUGUUGCUCCUGCCUCCGUGCGCAGCAUCGGAGAAGAAACCCUAACCCUAGAGUUUCUUUCUUCUCAAAUUCUUGCCUUCAUCUUCUCCGUUGAAAACCCUAAUCGUGAUCCGAAGAGUAACUGAACGGGGGGUUUCUCGUAAUUGGGGGGAUGUCUCGAUGCUAUCCGUACCCUCCUCCGGGAUUUGUGAAGGACGGGGGGCAGUGGAUCGAUUGUAUUAAGCUCCAAAGAGAAAGGGAGAAGAUCAAAACAGAAAUACAGAAAGAGAAGAAGAGGGAGAAGGAGAAAAGGAAAUCUGAUAGAGGAAAAAAGAUAUCCACUGAUACUGGUCACGGCAAAAGAAGAAAGCUCGAUUACCAGAAGUGUGACGAACAGGAGCGAAGUAAAGAAAAGUCGCUAGGUGCUCAUAUUCAAAAACGAAUUGAAGCUGAGGCUGAACAAUUGGAAAGGAGUGGUAUUACUGAUGAACAUGAGCAGCCAACCUGUUCCAUAAAUGUUUGCUCGGACAACCUUCAGGGAAGCAACAAGAGGAUAAGGGACACCUCACCGACUAGUGGCCUCCGCAGUCAUGGAACCAUUGUCCGGAUUCGGCUUCAUUCAAAGGACCAGGACAAUGAGAAGUUACGCUUUACUUGUGGAAGGGCUGAUGAUUGUCAUGCCCAACACAAGAAUGGAAGUGUCAAUUUUCCUAGUCAAGAACAGGGCUGCUUUACUAACACCAAGGAAAAUAUACUUGCUGAGAAGCUCAAUAUUAGGCCAAAAAAAGAAGCAACUUGUCCAGUGCCAGGUAGGCAUGAAACAACAACCUCAUACAAAAAUGAGAUUCCGGCAGAAUCACUGUAUAGAACUUCAAUUGAGAACUGGGUCCUACCUCCGCCCCAGUAUCAUCAGGGAAACGAUUUCAGUGAUGAUGAAGAAUGGCUUUUUAAGACGCAGCGGGAAAAUAGAUAUGAGUGUGAAAGAUAUGAAGCUCGGAACGAUGCCAUCGGUUGUAGGAGUCCCAUGUUGCGGCCACGAGCCUAUUUCUUGCCGGAAGCUGACGUGUAUGCAUUACCCUACACGGUUCCAUUUUGAUUCUUCAUCCCUUUUUUUUUUUUUGUCGUCCUUUUUUGUUUGGGCAUCCGCGGCUUGUACAUUAGAGUUGAAGCACUACAAGAAAUUUUGAUAAUUUGAUUGGACUCGAGUAAUUUUUUUCAAA